AUCUCUAUACCGACUUUUAAUCCAGACUUGGCGGAAUUUUCUAAGCAAUGUCAAAUAAAGUGGAUAAAUUGCACAAGCAGGCUUUACGGGAGCAACAGAAGCGAAUCAAACCGGGAGAAUGCAUGAAAUAUGUGCGUAUGGUCAUAGAUGCAGGAUUUCUGGGCAUACCCGUGGGUCAGGAGAUGCUGAACCAACUAAAUUCCAAGGAUGUUAAGUAUGAAAUAAGGAGCCUGCCAGUCAGCUACAGCAUUAUAUGGGAACGUAAUGUGGGACAGCAGACGAUUACCCUAGGAACCAGUCCCACUGGUCUGAAUGAAGCCUGGAAGCGUGAGAAUCAAGUGGUCCAAUGGUUAUCCGAAAAUGAUUUUCAAAAGGCUGUUAAAAAUCAAAGUCUUGUUUGUCUGGGACCCAGAUUACACGCGUCGUUUCCUGGCUGCCAGUACACGGUAGCACUACCUAAACUUCGUCAUAGCAAGCACGGCAGUUCAGCAAGCCAGGAUGCUUUGAUAGAGAUGCAGUUGCUCCAGGAGCUCCACGUGGAACAACUGAAUCGGCCCGAAAGCCAGGAUCUGUUGGCCUUUCUCCAGCGCUACACGAAAGCCAUAGCGGAAGCUCCUUAUAAGAAGCAACGCAACGAAACGCUGGGCACUUUCAAAAAGUACCUGGCCAACGAUAAGAAGCAGUGCGUUCGAGUGGAACACGGAAAUGGAUAUGGACGUCUAUGGCAGCAGCAUCUAAAUAGAUUACCCCAGGUCACACUCGAGGUGGCCGAAUCCAUUAUAGCGCAGUAUCCCUGUCCCAAGAAACUUUUAGAUCACUUUUCUAAUGAUCCCACUGCAGUGCAAAGUCUUGCCGACUUAAAGAUCAAGCGCUGCAAUGGGCCCCAGCCUCUGCACACCGAACGUCGCAUCGGAAAUGUUCUCAGUAAUAAACUGUACACUUUGUAUAAUGCCAAGGAUCCAAAUACCUUGAUAUAAAUUUAAAAAUUAAUGUCAAGUAUUGACUUACAUAAUCUAUUGGAUAUAUGCAAGCGUAUUUAAAUCUAAAGACUCCCUCUCUAGUUUCAUGCCAUUUUUAAUGAAAAUAAAUUGUCAAUAUUAUUAAAAAA